UUUGACGUACACGGAGAUACGUAUGCGGAACCUCAAUUGUAAACAAAAACGACAAUCAUUACAUUCCUCUUCUGAGCCAAAAAAUAUAAGUAACGUAACGAAGACAUAUCUCGUCAGACGCAGCUUGUUAAAGGUCCCAGAUGUGUGGCAGUGCUUGAUGCAAGUGCCAGCUUAUCACUAUAAGAAGGCAUACUCUGGUGUUGUGGGCCUGCAGAGACAACUGCGGCCAGCAUGUCUAGGAAACAGACAUCGAAACCUGUGCGGAGCAAUAAAAAGAGCGAACUGGAACGUAAGAGGGACGAGCGGGCGGCACGCCGAGCCAUUGUAAAAGACCGCAAGAACCGGCCUCAGGAAGGUGAUGAAGGAGCCGAGUUUGUCAGUUUCUCCAAUCAGCUCCAGGCAUUGGGGCUCAAGCUGAGAGAAGUCCCUGGAGAUGGAAACUGCCUGUUCAGAGCUUUAGGCGACCAGUUAGAGGGUCACUCCCGGGGUCACCUACGGCUUCGCCAGGAGACUGUCCAGUACAUGAUGUCUCAUCGACAAGACUUUGAACCCUUUGUCGAGGAUGACGUGCCAUUCGCACAGCACUUGUCCAACCUUUCGCAGCCUGGUACAUUUGCUGGCAAUGACGCCAUCGUGGCUUUUGCUCGCAGUCAGCAGGUGAAAGUGGUCAUCCAUCAGCUGAACACACCACUGUGGGAGAUAAAUGGUGCAGAGAAGCAGGUGUGCAGAGAGCUGCACAUCGCCUACCGCUAUGGAGAUCACUAUGACAGUGUGAGGCGGAUCGGAGACAACUCUGAGAGUCCUGCUCAGCUCCGCAUAGAGAAUAUGCAGAAUUCACGAGGCCAGCAGCGUGAGUUCGGGGAUGGUCAGAGGGACAGACAGAAAAACCCUUCCCCCACAGCCCUGGAGGAGGACAACGUGAUCCUGAGCUCCAUCAAGAAUCGAGGAAUCCAGGGCGACGAGGAGAACCUGCUCCAGCUCAGUGCGGCAACCAUCAAUGCUGAAUGGCUCGUUGGCUCUGUGCUGGGCCAGUCCUGCCCGGGCCAGUGUGCCUCAGGAUCCUGCUCAGCCUGCAAAGCUGCAGCGACGGACUGCUCUGAGCACAAGCAGUCAGCAGAGGGCAGCAAUGUACAAAAACCCAAGGUUUCUAACAGGCAGAGGAAAGAGCAGCAGAGGCAAGAGAAGAAGAAGCGUCAGGAGGAGAGGCAUCGGCAGAAGUUUCUCCAGAGCAAAGGAAGCCAGGAUCAGAAUCAGAACCUGCCAGAAGCUGUUACUUUAGUACCAGCUCUCAACACUCUCAGUAUAUAGACUGGAGCAUGGCCAAAAUUACCUACUUCUACACUAGCUACUGGUGGCUGACGCUGUCCUCAAAGUUUUGCACAUAGUCAGAUUUGUUUCAGUCACGGUGGAUGACCUUUCCUAAAGAGAACCCUAUAGUUUCUUUCCAAACAGUAUAACAGUGCCUGCAAACUUGUGUGUGAGAGAUGCGUGAAAGUUGUAAAGGACAGAGAGUGAAAGAGCACCACGUGUUUUUGUCGGGUUUGGAUUUAGUUCGGUCCCCCGCUGGUGUUGGUGAAUGUAGCACCUCUUCAGAGCUGGUCUACCUACCACGCUACCUAUCCCCUUUCUAUGCUGGACAUCUGGCUUCCCACGGCAACCCUGCAGAUAAUCUCGUGCAGCUGGGCCUCUUGAUUUGCCACAGGUUGAGUUCACGUUUAUUCAGAUGUUCAGAUCAUUCUGUCUGUUCUGACCAAAGGAGGAAGUAAAGGAAGAGCGGCAGAUGAACGAUUGUUAUGCGCACUGUGUAAGGAAUGUGGCAAUAAAAAAUGAUAAAUGAUAAUUUACUGUUUAUGUGCAUCAGAUAAUAUAUUGCAUAUUAUCCAGGGUGACGUUUCCCUCUUUUUUUAUUAAUUUCCCACGGUGUUGGAGAAAAUAAACUAAAUACAACAAAUUGAACAUUAACAUAAUCGCACAUGAGGCACGUUGUAGCAAGACACUGGGCUUUCACUCCGUACAAAGCAAACAUGGCUACCCCUUACUCAAAAUUAUUCCUUGGGUUUUUGUCCCUCUUGUGUCACCAGGGUGAAGUUCCAGCAGUUAACCUGUAAAGCGUCAACAUUCGUACUGCAACACAAAAAACAUGGAUCCCUCAGUCUGAUGGGUUAUAAGUUGCUCAGCCUGUUAAACAGAAACACACACCCGAUCAUGAACACACUGCAGCCACUUCCGAUCAAAUGGUCCUGUCCUAAACUUUGUCCAUCAAAAUCUAACGUCACUGGAGAUGUUAGUCAUUGAAUUUGUAUUUACUAGUGUAAUGAGUUAUCUUGCAGUAUGUGAAGCUGUUCCCAUUAGACCAAUCUACAGCGUAUUACGUAGGACAUGAGCAAAUGUUCAGGAUAAUGACAGACUGUGGUUGAUGAGUUACAGGGUACGUCAUCUUGCCUAGUCUUAUAAUCAGUAAACAUACAAUUAAAUAUUUGACUGGCUGUUAUUCUAGUUAAGAGAUAUCUUGGACUUACUGGAGUGGUCAAACUGUUUAAUGUAGACGUAUAAUCAGUAAACCAAGAUAGAUGACUGAUAUAAGGCCUCGCCGUUGGAAACACUUGAGCUGGACUCGCACCAGUGUUAUGGCUCUGAUAGCGCUGUCGGGGGUGCAUGCCGAUGAUCCAGCACACAGUAGCUCAAGAGUAAGGUUGUUUUUUUUUCUAACAGGUCAUUGGGCAUCCAGUUCUUGACGUGUUCAUGAUUUGACAAAUGGGGUUUCAUCAUUUCCACAAGAAUAAAGCCAUGAUUUCUGACAAACUAGGCUCUUACUUGAAUGUGCUGUAGGAACCUGCCAGUACUGGGGCGGGGGGGGGGUGAUGAUACUGUCU